GGCCUCGCCCCCGCCUGGCUGCUCACUCGGCCCCGGCCCGCAGCGCAGCCCCCUCCACAGAGUCCUCUGUGCCCGCGCCCCACCGCUCAGCCAUGGAGGCCAUCAAGAAGAAGAUGCAGAUGCUGAAGCUGGACAAGGAGAACGCCAUUGACCGGGCGGAGCAGGCCGAGUCAGAUAAGAAAGCCGCUGAGGAGAAGUGCAAGCAGGUGGAAGAGGAGCUAACACACCUCCAGAAGAAGCUGAAGGGGACGGAGGAUGAGCUGGAUAAAUACUCCGAGAAUCUGAAAGACGCCCAGGAGAAGCUGGAGCUGACGGAGAAGAAAGCCUCCGACGUACGUGCGCAGUAACGGGGGAGCCCGCGGCUGGGCCAGGCGGGA